CAAAAACCAGAUCUCUGGCCAGUUCCAGUCAGUUAUCCAACAGUCAUCGCUAUAACUUCCAGACAUGAUUCGUGUUUGCUUGUCGACCUUAAUUUUUUUGGCGCAGCUUUCGAUCAUCAAGAGUGAAGGAUGUGAUUCCUUCAGAAGCACGAACGUUAGUGCUAGAGUCAAUAAAAAAUCCUCGUUUUACGUGGUGAAUGGCUGCCUCGAACCGAAGGAGUUCGAAAAUAAGAAAAUCAAGGAAGUUGUCGUCAACAGUGGAAUAACGCGACUGGGCAAGGAUUCAAUAAGAAAUCUGCCGAAACUGGAAUCGAUAGAUAUACGGAAAAAUAGUCUGGAGAUUCUCGAGCCGCAAGCCUUCAAGAAUGUGCCAAGUCUCAAAUACGUAUUCAUCAUACAAACCAACCUCGAGGAGAUACCGAAAGACGUUUUCAACUUAGUUCCCACCAUCACGAACCUGAUGCUAUCCUCUAACAAGAUUGACUUCAUCGCGACUGGAGCCUUUUCAAAUAUGGAGUCGCUCGAACAGAUCGACUUGUUUGGCAAUAAGCUCACAUACUGGAACAGGGAAUGGUUCCAGAACUGCCCCAAUCUACAGGAUAUCAAUUUUUACGGCAACAACAUCUAUACUAUCCCAAGAAGAGCGUUUGCAUCGCUGCCGAAGCUCACUGUCAUCGCAUUCGGAGGAAACAAGAUCGCCACCAUCGAACCAGGUGCCUUCCGAAACUUGAAAAACCUAACCUAUCUAAACUUGGAACGCAACGGGCUCACAGUGCUUGAUGAACGAGCGUUCCCCAACAAAAUAUUCAUCGAGAGUCUGUAUAUCAAUAACAACCAUCUCAACUACUUGCCGGUCAAGCUGCUGAGGAAGUUAUCUGUCGGAGAAAUUAUCAUGGAUGAGAACCCCUGGAAGUGUCCGUGUCUGCAGCGGAUACACGACUGGCUGUACUUUGGCAGCGGCAGCGUACGGCCAUCGGUGCACAACUGCAGGACACCUUACGAUCCGAUUUGCGUAGUUUCUCCAGAUAAGGCGUGCCAAGAAGAUGUCGAAGAAGAGAUGACGCGAAGGUACAUCAGGGUUAUGAGAAAUUUGACUGAGUCGUUGGGGAGAGACAUGAUUCGUGUUUGCUGGUCGACUAUAAUUGGUUUAACGCAGCUUUCGACCAUCAAGACCGAUGGAUGUGACUCCCUCAAAAUCACGAACGUAAGUGCGACAGUUAAUGAAAAAUACUCGUUUUACGUGAUGAAUGGGUGCCUCGAACCGGAGUUCGAAGACGUUUUCAACUUAGUGCCCACCAUCACAAACCUGAUGCUAUCGUACAACAAGAUCUACUUCAUUGCGAGUGGAGCCUUUUCCAAUAUGAUCUCGCUCCAACAGAUCGACUUGGACGGCAAUACGCUUACAUACUUUAACAGAGAAUGGUUCCAGAACUGCCCCAAUCUACAGGAUAUCAGUUUCUUCGGCAACAAAUUCUCUACUAUCCCGAGAAGAGCGUUUGUAUCGCUGCCAAAGCUCAGUGUCAUCACAUUCGGAGGAAACAAGAUCGCUACCAUCGAACCAGAUGCCUUCCAAAACUUGGAAAGCCUAACUUAUCUAAACUUGGAACGCAACGGGCUCACAAUGCUCGAUGAACGAGCGUUCCCCAACAGAAUAUAUAUCAAGAGUCUGUAUAUCAAUAACAACCAUCUCAACUACUUGCCGGGCCAGCUGCUGAGGAAGUUAUCUGUCAGAGAAAUCAUCAUGGAUGAGAACCCCUGGAAGUGUCCGUGUCUGCAGCGGAUACACGACUGGCUGUACUUCAGUAGCGGCAGUGUACGGCCAUCGGUGCACCACUGUAGAACACCUUACGACCCGAUUUGCGUAGUUUCUCCAGAAAAGGCGUGCCAAGAACGUGUCGAAGAAGAGAUGACGCGAAGGUUCAUCGGAGUUUUGAGAAAUUUGACUGAGCCGUUGGGGGAAGCUUGUGUAUUUUUGUUCUCUUAG